AUGGUCAUCAGGGGGACGGACAUGGACAACAAUGAUCCUGCUUUGGGAUCUUCUUCAGCCCUUGUAUUGGAGCUGUCAGGUGUGAUGUCUGGGGCGCAGGAGACACGGAGGAACUUUAAUGACAGCGAGGAAUAUGAUCCCUUCUGGCAGAGGUGGGAAACCGUAGCGUGCACAUCUGAAACCCUUAGAGAGUCUUCCCAGUGUCCUCCUGAGUCUGAGAGACGUGAUGUGACUGGUGUGGAGUUUCACCAGCAUGUAGCGGUUCCUCUGUGUUCUCCUUCCCAUCCUGUGGUUCCUCCAUCCACUGAUUCACACUCACCUGCCCGUAAAACCCUUGAGACGCACAAACCUGGACCAGAACUCACACGGAGACACCAGGCUUCAUCUCCAUCACACAUGGACAAACCCUCAGCAGAUCCCGCUCCUCAUCCCGCUCCCAGAAAACCUAGCAGGUCUCAAGCUGGAGCUGCAAAGAGGGCUGAUGCUCCUCCACCCGCUUUCCAAAGCUCCUGUAGACCCAGCAGAACCGUCCUCAUCCGUAGCUCUGCCUCCGUUCCCACAGCUCACAGAGAACGCCACUCUCCUGUCGCUCCUCCAAGCUUUAGUCUGCAUCCUCCUCAGACUCUUCCUCACCUUCAUCCUCCUCUUCCUGCCACGGUAAACAUUGCGGAGCAGCGCAGAGGUUCCUCCAAACCCGACUGCUCCUUCCACAGCGGCCCGUGCGCUAAAGACGGCCGGAUCGGGAACAGUCGAGUGGGUCGCCGCUCCACGCUCAUCUGCCCAGAACGCCUGAAGGACUUCGGAGCCGAGGAGUACCUCAAUGGAGACGUGAAGGUCUUCAAGACCAGCGUUUCCGAACCGCCGGAGGUCCAGACAUCAGCGCCGCAGCCUUCAAACUCCAGCAGGCCGGGAUUCAGAAAACACCCUUACUCCAGACUGUCCAAACAGCACGGCAUGGAGAUCUUCCUGAAGAAAGAGCUUCUGCGUUACACGGGUUCAGUGAAGGAGAGAGGAGCGCUGUACCUGCUGUCCUCUCUCAAACAGGGUCAGCAGAGGAAGGGUGUGAUCGUGGCCACAGACUGUAGCUUCUCGAAGGCCGUGGCGUAUCACGCGGUGGAGCUGCGGGUCCCGGUGUUCGUCGUCAUGCCGGCGUGCUGCUCUCCUCCGCGCCUGCGCAUGUACAGAGACUACGGCGCUGUGGUUAUUUCCUACAGCAGCACGGCUCGAGACUCCAUCAGCCACGCCAGACACCGAGAGAACGGAUACCUGUGUCUGGAGGAGGACGACAGUGCCGUGUAUCUGGCAGGUCUGGGAACAGUGGGUCUGGAGAUCUACGAGCAGGUGCCCAAGCUGGACGCGGUCAUCGUGCCUGCGGGUGGACACUGUGGGCUCCUGGCGGGAACCGCAGCUGCCAUCAAACACCUGAACCCUCGCAUCUCUGUCAUAGGUGUUGAACCGGAGGAGUUUCCUCUUCUACUGCAGUCGCUCAAAACAGACUCUCCCAUUAAAGACCUCUACUGCAACCCCAACAAGAAACUCUACAGAGAUCUGGUGGAUCACUCUCUGGGAACACACUGCUUCCAGCUGGCCAAGAAAACGGUGGACAAAGUCAUCUCUGUCAGAGAGGCGGAUGCUCUGGUGGCCAUGCUGCGCUUUCAGGAGUACGAGCGCUCGACCGUGGACACAGAAGGAGCCGUGGGCUUGGCUGCAAUCUUAGCUGGUCAACUGCCAGAGCUUAAAGGCAAAAGGGUGGCAGUGGUGGUGAGCAGUGCAAACAUGGAGCUGGACCUGGUUCUGCAGUGUGUGGAACGAGCUCUGGUUCUGGACGACAGAGUCAGUCGCUUCACGGUGCAGCUGGCCAACUGGCCCGGAGACAUGGCCAAACUCCUGGACCUGCUGGCUAGAGAGGACCUCAGGUUGCUGGAUGUUCGUCACAGACGGUAGUGUGAUAAAACCGAG